AUGACCGAUGUUUCAGGGGUAGACCUGGGGAGACCUGGGUUGCAGUUUUCUACUAAUCAAGCUACCCCAGAUUCUACCGCGGCAGGAAACCGCGGAGAGGCCGUCCUGGACUCCUCCGGCGAGCCAUCGCACCCAAAUCUCCACGACACCACUUCCAGUGAUCCAGACACGCCACAUCUUCUUUCGAACUUUCCUAACACUACUGCUUCUGCCCAUUCCUCCGCCGUCUCCCCGGCUAACGUAACCGCACCCCAACCCCAUCGACAAAACCGGAAUCAGACACAGACUGGCAUCGCGAAUAUAGAUUCUUCGGCUGCCAGAUUUGAAGGACUUCCGGGUCAAGUACCGGCUCGGAUACUCGGACGACGUCAACGCUCCCCAGCUCCUGACCGCCGUUUCGAACCGUCAACCGACCGAUCCUACACGCCAGACGGUUAUCUUAUCGCUGAGCCUAGAGCAAAGCGACGAAGAGGGAACGUCACGAUGGGUGGCAGUGACAUUCUUGAUCCCCAUAAUGGUGCUCCUUUAGGAAUAUCUAAUGGAUCAAGUGAAGUGUUUUCAGGGGUCACAAAUGGUAAUAAGACUGCCUUGAACGGAUCUUCAGCUCGAGAUAAGAACACUUCGGUCAUCGGACGCAACGAACAAUCCUCAAAGUACUUUGGCCAUGAUCGUGAGGAGGUAACCCGACUAUUGAUACAAGCGUUAUCAGACAUGGGGUAUCGGACUGCCGCAGAUAAUGUGAGCCAAGAGAGUGGGUACGAAUUGGAAAGCCCAACCGUAGCCGGCUUCAGAUCUGCUGUUCUGACCGGGUCAUGGCCCGUGGCCGAAGAGUUACUUGCCGGCGCUUCGUUGGAGACUGAAGGCCCAGGUAACGGCCUUGUAUUGGCACCUGGCGCGGAUCCCAACGCCAUGAGGUUUUGGUUACGACAACAGAAGUUUCUGGAGCUUUUGGAGCAGAAAGAUACAAGCAAGGCUCUGAUAGUACUUCGAAGCGAGUUGACACCGUUAUCCCAUGACACUGGUAAACUGCAUUUCUUAUCAGGUCUACUCAUGUGUCGUUCGGUCGAGGAUCUUAUGGCAAAGGCUGAAUGGGAUGGUGCGAAUGGCCAAUCUCGAAAGCUGUUGCUCUCGGAGUUAUCAACGUUAUCGCCUUCGCUCUACUCAGACCACUUCUGUGAUAGACGCAACUUUCCAACAGAGGUCGCAUUGGAGCUUUCGAAUAUGGCCGAUGAGAUUUGGCAAGUACAGUUCUCCCAUGAUGGAACCAAGAUGGCGGCGUGCGGUAGUAGUCCAGAAGUUAUGAUAUGGGAUACACGCACCUUUAGAGUCUUAGAGUCUCUCGACGGCCAUGAUGGCGGCGUCGGAAACAUUGUUUUUAGCCCUGACGAUUCUCUAAUUCUCUGCUGCUCGAGAGACGGGCAUGCAAGAUUGUGGACUACUCAUGACGGGACUUUGAUCAGGAAAUUCCCUAAAUUCGAUGAGCCUGUGAGCGGCUGCGUUUGGGCUCAGGACAGUCGGUCACUGGUCGUUGGAACGCUAGAUCCUAAUUACAGCCUUCGAACUCUGAACCUGGAUACGAGUGAGCAGUACGAGUGGGGGGUAAAGCAUAGGGUCCAGGAUCUAUGUGGAUCGCCAGACGGUCGCUGGCUCGUGGCUGUCGACAAUCAGCAGACAAUCCACGUCUACAACGCUGUUACACGAGAAUUGGAGUUUGAUAUGGAGCUCAAAGCCCGGCCGACAUCAGUCAACAUCAGCCAAGACUCGCGUCAUCUUCUUGUCAAUAAGUGCGACGGUGAAGCUCAGCUCAUUGACCUCUUGACGCGGAACUCGGUCCAGAAGUUUUUCGGUCACACAGGCGGUGACUAUCUAAUUCGAUGCUCGUUUGGUGGAGCCAACGAGAGUUUUGUUCUAAGUGGCAGUGAAGAUGGCAACAUCGUUAUAUGGCAUAAAAACACGGGUGCGGCAGUCGAGCGCCUACAUGGUCAUCAUCCCCGCUGCAAUGCUGUUGCAUGGAAUCCUACCGACUCCUAUAUGCUAGCGUCAGCGGGAGACGAUGGCCGAAUAAAGAUGUGA